AUGGGAGUGUGCCUGAGGCUGCAGGCACUGACAGUGUGGGUGGAGAGAAUACACACAGGCAGGCCGCCAGGGCUCCUGUGCUUUGUUCUCAGACUUGAUCUUAACAACACAGUGUUCCUGUGUCCUUGGAUGCUUUCCUGCCCACCUGCUCUCAUGCAGUUCCACCUCCUCCAAAGCCACUCGCCUCCCCCCUCGGCCCUUCUGCCUCUCGUCUCGGGCCUGGACAUCAGUAACCUUCUGCUACUUAGGGAAGACCCAGAUGCACUGCAUCAAUAUCUGAGUGAGCUAAAAACAGACUUGGCCGUGGAGUACCAAGUCACGCUCCGAAAAGACCAGCUGGACAGGAAGAGGUUGAACAGGUUUCCUCUGGUAAAAUGAGAGCUAGAGGAGCUCAUAGGAAAGCUCCACGCACUCGCAGACAAGGUUGACAAGGUCCACAGGGACUGCACCCUCUCCAACAUUGUGGCCAACUCCACUGGCGCUGUGUCUGGUGUCCUGACCAUUCUUGGCCUGGCUUUGGCACCCAUGACAGCGGGGGCGGGUCUGGCACUCUCGGCCACUGGGUUAGGGCUGGGAGCAGUGGUUGCUGUGACCGGUGUGCCCACCAGCAUUGUGGAACACGCCAGCACGUUGUCAGCAAAAACCGAAGUUAGUCGCCUGGUGUCAACUGGCUUCCUGGAGGCACUUAAGAUCAGCCCCCGAACUGUUAGCACAACAAAGAAAUCCACAGAAGCUGUGCAACACAUCGAAAUGAAUACCCGUGCCAUGGAGACGGUCAAAAGCAACCGUGCCUUAGCAGCGGAUGCAAACGUCUUCAUCACCAGUGGAGUAAUCCCAGUCCAAAGCAGCCAGCAGGAAGAGGUUACUUUCAAAGGCACGGCUCUGGCAAUGACCAAAGGAGCCCGGAUUGUGGGUGCGGGCACUGCAGGUGUCUCCCUUCUGAUGGAAGCGGCCUUCCUGGUGAAACAGGCAAAGCACUUGCAUGAGGGGGCAAAGACAGAGUCAGCUGAAAGGCUGAGGCAGCAGGCCCGGGAGCUGGAGAAGAAGUUGGAGGUGCUCACCCGCAUCUAUGAGCGUCUGCAGUAG